UCCAAAUUUCCAGAUGACAAAGUACACAUAAAAAUUGUCAGUUAUCGUAAAGAACUCGAAGCCUUUUAACCAUGGAAUUUCGCCGGCUGCAUCCACUUUUGCGUUUCCCAGCCCGACUGGUUUUAAAUUUUUGCCGAGGGGUCAGCAUCUAUGACGACGAAAUGGAUCAAAUAACGCGACCCGAUUGGCAUCGAGUCAUGGAGGGAAAAUAUAAUAAGGGUCUCGCGUUCACCAUCAAGGAGCGGCAGCGUCUGGGGAUAAUGGGACUGAUGCCCUGCUCCGUUCGCAGCAUCGAGGAUCAGAUGAAGGCGGCCAGGGCGAAUUUCGAGGCCAGACCCUCGGACAUCAGCCGGUUCACCUAUCUGAGUGCCGUCCACCAUCGCCACCGGCGCCUGUACUACCGGUUCAUCAGGGAGAAUAUCGAGAAGGUGCUGCCCAUAGUCUAUACGCCGACGGUGGGCGACGUGGUGGCCACCUACGGGCUGAACUUCCAGCACGCCACCAGUCUGUUCAUCAGCAUCCACGACAAGGGACACAUCCGGGAUCUGAUGCACAACUGGAUUGAUGAGGGGGUGAGGGCCAUUUGUGUGACGGAUGGCGGCCGGGUUCUGGGCCUCGGCGAUAUGGGAGCCAAUGCCAUGGGCAUUAGUUUGGGCAAGAUGAUAUUGUACACAGCUCUGGGGGGCAUUCCGCCCAGCUCCCUGAUGCCCGUCUGCCUGGACGUGGGCACCGACAAUCAGGCGCUGCUCCAGGAUCCCCUCUAUGUGGGCGUGCGCAUACCCAGGGUCAAGGGUCCCGAGUACGAGGAACUGGUGGAGGAAUUCAUGGAGGCGGCGGUCGCCUGCUUUGGCCACACCACCUUCAUCCACUUCGAGGACUUUGCCACGCCGAAUGCCCUGAAGUUCCUGGACAAGUAUCAGUACAACUACAGCUGCUUCAACGAUGACAUCCAGGGAACUGGGGCCACUGGACUGGCGGCCUUUAUCAAUGUGGAACGGAUUACGGGAAGGAAACUGGAGGAUACCGUCUUCCUUUUCGUGGGUGCUGGUAGCGCGGCCCUGGGAAUCGCCAAUAUGUUGGCCAUUGAACUGGAGGAGCGUGGUAUUCCCGCCGAGGAAGCAACCGAAAAUGUCUACCUAAUGGAUGCCAACGGGCUGCUGACCUGCGACAGUCCCGAUCCGCCGGAGCAGGCCAAGCGAUUUAUGAAGCCCAUGGAGCCCGUCAAGGAUCUGAUGGCGGUGCUGGAGAAACUAAAGCCCUCUGUCCUCCUGGGAGCCACUGGAAUGGGUGGACUCUUCACCGAGCAGGUCCUGAAGACCAUGGCCAAGAACCACGAGCGUCCAGCGGUCUUUCCCCUCUCGAAUCCCACCUCCAAUUCGGAAUGCACCGCCGAACAGGCCUUUACACACACGGAGGGUCGCGUUCUCUUCGGUUCCGGAUCACCAUUUCCGCCGGUGGUGAUCAACGGUAAGAGGUUUACGCCCGCCCAGGCCAACAACUGUCUGACUUUUCCGGGCAUCGCAUUGGCAGCCAUUACUGCCAAGGCCCGAUAUCUGCCCAAUUCAGUGUUCUCCGUGGUGUCGCACGAACUGGCCAAGAACACCACCCAGGAGCAACUGGAUGCAGGCACCAUUUUUCCCUCCAUCAGAGAUGCCAGCAAGGUGGCUUUCAAUGUGGGCGUGGCAAUGGCCCAAUAUCUAUUCGAUAAUGACCUUUCGAACAUUUACCCCAAGCCCAAGGAUGUCUGUGAGUUUGUGAAGAAUUCUCAGUACACGUUUGAGUACCAAAAGUCGCUGCCAGCCACUUGGGGUUAUCCCGAGCAACCGCCAACACCAAAAGCACCGAAAGCCAAACCUAAAACUGAACCCGAGGAGAAAAAGAAGGAGUAAACUUGGCCGGGAUUUUAUCGUAAGGACUGCUGACCUGCUUUUUAAGCUGGGAGAGUGCCGGGUGUAAUUAGUUGAAAAUAAAGGCGGAGGCAGAGGACCAAACACACAUACUACUCAC